AUGAACAAGCUAACGGCCAAAGUGUCUCCUUCCCCCGCUGCUGUUGCUCCUGUUGCCCUCUCGCCUCCUGCCCCUCCAGAUGACGCAGCAGGGGAGGAAGCGACCAUGUCCGAAAUGGCAGGGUCUGAGGGGGACAGUGCGACAGGGUGCUGUGAUCGCUGCCCAUUGGUUGGCAUCAGGCGGGUGGCAUGGGGGGUGGUGCUGGGGGGUGCCGUUGCAUUGGCCUGGACUGCCAGCACACACAGCGCCAAGCUGGUCCUCCUCAAACUCCACGCCCCCUUCUUCAUCACCUGGUUCUGCAGCACCUGGAACCUUCUUGUCUUCCCCUUGUACUACCUGGGACAUCUAAUCGGAUCGGACCAGAGGCAGAGGCCAGUGACUCGCUUCAGGGAGUGCGGCGAGGCCCUGGGAGGAGGGGCGGUGCCCUUGCGGGCGCUCCUGCGAAGCUCCGCCCCCUUCUCCGUGCUGUGGAGCCUCUCCGGCUACCUGUACCUGCUGGCGCUGACCCGUAUCUCAGCCAGCGACGCCAGCACCGUCCUGUGCUGCAGCCAGGCCUUCACCUUCCUGCUGUCCUGGAUUGGCCUGCGUGACCGCUUCAUGGGCGUCAGGAUAGUGGGAGCCAUCCUCUCCAUCACUGGAAUUGUCAUGAUGGCCUAUGCUGAUGGUUUCCACAGUGACUCCAUCACUGGGGUGGCACUUGGGGUGGGCUCUGCUUCCACCUCCGCCCUGUACAAGGUGCUGCUGAAGCGGAGGGUGGGGGAAGUUGGUGCGGGCGUAGCCAGUGUGCUGCUGUCCUGCGUGGGCCUGUGCAGCUGCGCUCUGCACUCCUGGAUGUGUGUGCUGCUCUACCUCACCCACGUGGAGUACUGGCCCUUCUCCCAGCGCAUGCCCUGGGACAUGCUGUGUGGCCUGGCUGCGCUGCUACUUGCUUUCAAUGUAUUGGUGAAUUUGGGGGGAGUUCUCACGUACCCCACAUUCAUCUCCUUGGGGGUCCUGCUGAGUGUCCCAGCAAGCACCGCUGCAGAUUUGUACCUGACUGGAGCUUCCCAGCUCAGCCAGGUGAGGCUGGCUGCUGCGGGAAUCAUUGGGACUGGCUACCUUCUCCUGCUGCUUCCAGAGCAUUGGGAUGAUAGUGCCCUCAGGUGGCUGGGAGGACUAUGGCAUGGCGGGUGGCAGAAGGACAGAAUGGCUGGAGAGGAGAUCGGCAUCGAGGGUUCAACUGGUGCCCGACCAAAGCCCAAACCAGCACUGGCCUGACAUGACAGAAAGUAGUAGAAAUGAAGAGGGUGAAUGAGAAAUGUGCUCUCUCAGGCUCAGCAUGUUCCCAUAAUUUCACACACGCAUGAGUGUGUGUAACUGUUAACCCUUGUAUUGUUCAUUUGUGCCAGCGAGUCCAGCACUGGUUAUAGCAGUCCCCAGGGAUGAAAAGUGUGAAUCAAAUGAGUAUCCCAUACCACGUUGUGCAACAGCGACUCCUCUGGUCAGCGUGGUGCCUGCAGUCUGCCUGCGCUAGCUGUGCAUAAUGGCGGCCAUGUCUGCGCAGCCCAGCUGGCUGCCCAGACCGCAAGCACUAGUCCGGAGUCGCUAAAAUUGACCGAAGAUGUUGGACGGGAUCACAAAUAUGAGAGAAAAUUCCAAACUGCAGAGAAAUUUUUUUUUGAGAAACCCUUGCGGAAAAAAAGAGGCACAUGCUUUCCAUACACACCUGAGUAAACGACAGCUGUCACUGAAAUGCGCAUUAUUGAAAACACAGUAGGCCUACAUAAAAUGCUUUUUAAUCCAUCCAGUACAUGAAAAUAUUAAAUUACCAAUAUUAUAGCACAAGAUAGGUUUCUGAGUAUGUACUGUAUGGUUUGCAUGGUCCUGCUGAACCACACAUGGAAGGCAAACACCGGUUGACCCACUACUUU